AUGUUUGUCACAAUUGAAUUUGACACAAUAGUUGUAACACAAAUUUACGUCCUUAAAAAUAUCAAUUUCACAUCAUCCUUAAAUUAAAGACUUUUGUGAUUUAAAUUGAAAUAUAAAAAAAGAAUUAAUAAAGCACACAAACAUGGCGGCAAGAGAGAGUGUGAUUCGAGGCAUCGGAAAAUCAGUGAAGGCGGUGGCCAAGAGCAGAGGCUCCGAGUGGUGGUACACUCCUCACAUGGCUGCCGCCGCCUGCGCCAUAGGUGAGCGCCUACCACUCGUCGAUCUUGUUCUCGAAGUCAGAGACGCCAGGAUUCCGUUAUCAUCGGAAUGUUUGCAAUUGAGGAACACUUCUUCCGCUUCCCGGAUUAUUGUACUGAACAAGGCGGACCUUGCUGAUCGCUCCCAAACGAAGGAAUGGUUGAGCUUUUUUGAGAAAAAAAAAUGUAUGGCUUUUGGAGUAAAUUCACAUAACAGGGACAAUAUCAGGGAGUUUCUGACCUUCCUCCAAGCUAGAGUCAGAGAAUUAAAGAAGAAGGAUGAUCGUGCGCAUGCAAUAACCUUCAUGCUAGUCGGUAUUCCCAAUGUGGGGAAAUCUGCAUUAGCCAACUCUUUGCAUCAGGUCGGGAGGAUUUCUGCAGCAGAGAAAGGGAGGCUAAAACACUCUUCAGUGACUCCACAGCCUGGGGAGACGAAAAGUAUAAGCAGUUUAAAGAUCGCUAGCCAUCCUAAUAUAUUUGUUCUCGACACCCCAAGUGUAUUGAUUCCUGACGUGAUUGAUGAUGAGAUCUGUUCUAAGCUUGCUCUGACAGGAGCAAUCAAGGACUGUGUGGCUGGUGAAAUAAACAUCGCAGAGUAUUUUCUUUCCAUCCUUAACCUCGGUGAGGAGUACAAGAAAUGGGCAAAGCUAUCAAGCUCUGAAACUGGAGCAGUAUCGACUAGUGAAGGUAGCUCGAGUCUGGGGAAAAAGCAGAAGAGGCAGUAUCCGACUGAUCACACUCAGGAUUUCAUUGUCAAUAAUGUACGACGCACACUCUUUGAUGCGGUUUCAUCUUUUUCUGGUUGUACGAACAAUGGAGAAGACCUAGCGCGCCUAAUUCAAGAACAGUUUGUAGUUCUACAGAAGCCUUCCCUAGGGAAGGCUAUCGUCCACCAUCGUCGUCUCCAUCGCCCUCACCACUCUCUCAAUGUCGCUGUAUCUACCUCAAAAUAUAUUCUCCCUCCAUAAAUUCUCACGCCCUUUUCUCGGGCCCUAUCUCU